AGAGAGAGAGAGAGAGAGAGAGAGUGUGGGGGAGAGGUGUGUGUUUUGACAAAUGGGGAGAAGCCCUUGCUGUUCAAAGGAGGGGUUGAACAAAGGAGCUUGGACUGCUAUUGAAGAUAAAAUUCUCAGUGACUACAUCAAACUCCAUGGUGAAGGCAAGUGGAGAAACCUCCCCAAAAACGCAGGUCUUAAGAGAUGUGGGAAGAGUUGCAGGCUUAGGUGGUUGAAUUAUUUGAGACCAGAUAUCAAGAGAGGGAACAUUUCUCCUGAUGAGGAAGAGCUCAUCAUCCGUCUCCACAAACUCCUAGGCAACAGAUGGUCGUUGAUAGCCGGGAGACUUCCAGGACGAACAGACAACGAAAUAAAGAACUACUGGAACACCAUUUUAGGGAAAAAAUUGGCCAAAGAUGAUGAUCACCAAAUCACCAUUAACCACCGUUCAUCAAAUCAUGAUCAUCAGCAGCCGCCGCCGCCGCCUACUUUGAAAAAUAGAGAAAAAGUUGACCGAAACACAGCCUCAGCCUCUCGAUCAUCAUUGUUGUCAAAGAAAGAAUCUCAGUCAUCAUCACAAGUGAUUAGGACUAAAGCCUUCAAGUGUGGAAAAGCCUUCAUCAACCCAUCUCAGCCGUUCAGUCUUCAUCAUGACAAUGCCUUGGUGGGGCCAUCAAUGGAUGACCACAGUAAUCGACCGAUUGAUGGCAAGUCAACGGAGGAUCCGUACAGCAAGAACAACGCGUUGUUUGGAUGUGGAGAAACUGAUAAUACGAUGGAUUUCAACCCGGGAGAGCUCUGUUUCUCUGAUUUUCUUAAUUCGGAAUUUUUAACUUCUUCUGAUGAUCAUCACUUGAUCACGUGUGGCGACAACAAUAACGAUUUAUCGGCUUCGUCGGACGGCCGUCCUCCGUCGAUGAUCAUCGAUGAAAUUCUUCUGCAGGACUGGACAAAUAAUGGAGACCGUCUUGAACCAAAUGUGGAAUAUGGAAAUAACUCGCAAUAUUCCUUCAAUUUGGAAGAUUGGUUUCCUAGCUAAAGACUAAUUAAUGUACAUUAAUUAAUUCCUAUUUGUAGUCAAGGAAUAAGAACCCAGAAUCUUAUUCAUCUUCCACUUAGUCCCUAGCUACCUAGCUAGCCCCGAAUCAUGUAAAACAAUAUUUUAGAUGUUGAAUUCUUGUGGAAUAAUAUUAAAUUUCUCAAUA